GCUGAGUUGUCCUGUCAGAGGUGCAGCCUCCUCCGGCUCCCUGCUCACUCCAGUUCGUGAGGCUGUGAAGGGAGGACGGCUCUAUAGAUCCAUCCACAGCGGCACACAUGGCGGACCCGGCGGAAUGCACUAUCAAGGUUGUGUGUCGCUUCAGGCCGCUGAACAGCGCGGAGGUGGCCCGAGGAGACCAGUACAUCCCCAAGUUCAAGGGCGAGGACUGUGUGGUGAUCGCGGAGAAACCGUACUACUUUGACCGUGUGUUCCAGUCCAACACGACUCAGGUGCAGUUCUACAACGCUGUGGCCCAGAAGAUUGUCAAAGAUGUGCUGGAUGGAUACAAUGGAACAAUAUUUGCAUAUGGGCAGACGUCGUCUGGUAAAACACACACAAUGGAGGGGAAACUUCACGACACUGAUAUGAUGGGAAUCAUUCCGAGAAUUGUGCAAGAUAUCUUUAACUACAUUUAUUCCAUGGAUGAGAACCUGGAGUUUCACAUUAAAGUUUCAUAUUUUGAAAUCUAUCUGGACAAAAUUAAGGACUUGUUGGAUGUAUCAAAGACCAACCUCUCUGUACAUGAGGACAAAAACAGGGUGCCUUUUGUCAAGGGCUGUACCGCGUUUGUGUGCAGUCCUGAAGAAGUCAUGGAUGCCAUAGACGAAGGCAAAAGCAACAGACACGUGGCUGUCACAAACAUGAAUGAACACAGUUCCAGGAGUCACAGCAUCUUCCUCAUCAACAUCAAGCAGGAAAACAGUCAGACUGAACAGAAACUUACUGGAAAGCUCUACCUGGUCGAUCUGGCUGGAAGUGAAAAAGUGGGUAAAACUGGAGCAGAGGGCACAGUGCUGGAUGAAGCCAAGAUGAUCAACAAGUCCUUGUCUUCGCUGGGAAAUGUCAUCUCAGCUCUGGCAGAGGGCUCGACCUACGUGCCAUACAGAGACAGUAAGAUGACCAGGAUCCUGCAAGACUCCCUGGGAGGAAACUGUAGGACGACCAUGGUGAUCUGCUGCUCACCGUCUGCUUUUAAUGAUGCAGAGACCAGGUCUACACUGCUGUUUGGACAGAGGGCGACGACCAUUAAGAACACAGUGAGCCUUCGAAUAUUGGAGCUGACCGCAGAGCAAGUGGACAGAGCAAGUGGGAGAAGGAAGGAGAAAACAAGAAGCUUAAGAACCACCGUCACCUGGCUGGAAACGAGCUCAAAUCGGCUGGAGGAAGGAGAGAGUGUACCAGUGGAGGAGCAGUUUGACAAAGAGAAGGCCAAAGCAGAGGUGCAGGCCCUGGACACUGUUGCUAACAAAUGACAAGGCAGCAGCACCCAAACCGGCCCUCAACAUCCUCCUGGAGUCCAACUCACUGAUGCAGAGAAGGGGAAGUAUGAAGAAGAGAUGGCCAAGCUCUACAAAGAGAUGGACGACAAGGAUGAUGAGAUCAACCAGCAGUCUCAGUUGGUGGAGAAGCUGAAGGAGCAGAUGUUGGACCAGGAAGAGCUACUGGCCUCCUCUCGCCGUGACCACAACACCCUGCAGACCGAGUUAAACCGGCUGCUGGCGGAGAACGAAGCCUCCAAAGAGGAGGUGAAGGAGGUGCUGCAGGCCCUGGAGGAGCUGGCCGUCAACUACGACCAGAAGAGUCAGGAAGUCGAGAUCAAAACAAAGGAAUUCGAGGCUCUCAGUGAGGAGCUGAAUGAGAAAUCAAGCUCCUUGGCCUCCAUCGACUCUGAGCUGCAGAAGCUGAAGGAGAUGACCAACCACCAGAAGAAGAGGGUCACUGAGAUGAUGUCGUCGUUACUCAAAGACCUAGCUGAGAUCGGCAUCGCUGUGGGAAGCAAUGACAUCAAGCAACAAGAAAGCAGCGGCCUGAUUGAUGAGGAGUUCACUGUGGCUCGUCUGUACAUCAGUAAGAUGAAGUCUGAGGUGAAGACGAUGGUGAAGCGCAGCAAGCAGCUGGAGAGCACCCAGGCUGAGAGCUCUCAGAAGCUGGAUGAGACUGAGAGGGAGCUGACUGCCUGCCAGCUCCGCAUCUCCCAGCAUGAAGCUAAAAUCAAGUCCCUGACAGACUGCUUGCAGAAUGUGGAGCAGAAGAAAAGACAGCUGGAGGAAAUGGACUCUCUCAUGAGGAAAUAGUUCGGAUCAAAGCCCAAGAGAAAGGUUAAUACCAUGGAGAAGGAGAACGAGAUCCAGUCUGCCAAUGAAGUCAAGGAUGCUGUGGAAAAGCAGAUCUUGUCCCACAGAGAGGCUCAUCAGAAGCAGGUCAGCAGCCUGAGAGACGAGCUGGACAACAAGGAGAAGCUCAUCACCGAGCUGCAGGAUCUGAACCAGAAGAUCAUACUGGAGCAGGAGACCCUGAAAGUGGAGCACGAGAAGCUCAAGACAACUGACCAGGAGAAGAGCCGCCAGCUGCAGGAGCUCACUGUGAUGCAAGACAGACGGGAGCAGGCCAGACAGGACCUGAAAGGACUGGAGGAGACUGUGGCCCGGGAGCUACAGACACUCCACAACCUGAGGAGGCUCUUUGUCCAAGACUUGGCCACUAGACUGAAAAAGGUAAAAUAACGUCAGAUGGAUUCAGAGGACACAGAAGGCAGCACUGCACAGAAACAAAAGAUCUCAUUCCUGGAGAGCAACCUGGAGCAGCUCACCAAAGUUCACAAGCAGCUGGUACGAGACAACGCUGAUCUUCGCUGUGAGAUCCCCAAACUGGAGAAGCGUCUGCGGGCCACAGCUGAGCGGGUCAAAGGCCUGGAGGCUGCCCUGAAGGAGGCCAAAGAGAACGCAGCCCGCGACCAUAAGCGCUACCAGCAGGAAGUGGAGCGCAUCAAGGAACACCGUUAAGCCCAAAACAUGGGCAGGAGAGCCUCAGCUGUGAUAGCUAAACCCAUCAGACCAGGCCAGCUGCCAGGAGCUCCCAUAAACACCAGCGUCAACAGGUCCAACCUCAUCCAGAACAACCAGCCUACUGGCAUUAAGGGAGGAGGCAAUAACAGCUGAGGACAUGAAGCCAAAGACCCAGACCGACACACUGGACUGGAAUCAUGGCACCAUUCUUCCAAUGCCAAAAUGUGUACAUAAUGUAUAUAGGUACAGCCUAAGCUGUGCAGUUACUCUGUUAAACUUUAAGACCGCUAAGCUUUCAAGUAGUCAAAACUUGCAUUACUGGUGAUUUCUGUCACAUGCACUCAUGUCAGCAACAUACUAAGACAUUAGCCGGCACUGUACCAACAUGAGUACACUUAUCAGACCUUAACGGACAUUAAGGCUGAAACUGUCCUUGUUUUUCUCAUCUGAUUAGUCAAUAUAUAAUAUUUUGAUGCACUAGUUGCAAAGAAAACCCAUUUUAAGAUUGAAUCAAGUAUUCAGUCAGUUUGGAAUAAUGAACUGUAAUUGUUUUGGAAGUUCCACAGUUCCUUUGCAACCUGCUGCUGCAGACAGCAGAAUGUGGAGCUGUUCCCUCAUCUGUCUGUCAAUUAGGAUUAUUGUUAUCAUGUUUAGAGUGUUGUGAAGAUGUAUCUGUAACCCAUUUAACCACAUCCUGAUGGGUCAAAAUGCUGCUGCAGUUUUUGUUUGUUUGUUUGUUUGUUUGUUUUUGCUUGUUUUUGUUUUUUGCAGAGAGUGUAAGAGUUGACACAGACACUACACAUGUAGACCUAAAACAAGCUUUUUUUUCUGCGCAGUCUAUCUUGUCUUUGCCUGACUUUUUUCCUCUAUUUACAAUUAUCUUAAGAAUUCACUAAUGAUCUGAAACUUGAACAGCAUUGACAUCUUUCAGGGCAAGAAGGACAGUUGUAUUUAUCAUUUAAAUGGAAGGCCCUUUCAUUAUUUUUGGUGAUUUAAGUCUGCUGGUUUGCAAAAAUCUAAUAAAUUGAAACUUCAAAGCUCA